AUGAAAUUAGAGAGUGUCAAUUCUAAUAUAAGUAACUGUAGUUAUUUGUUGAAAAGGAAAAAGAGUAGUGAAGACUCGAAUGAUGUAAGAAAACACCAAAAAUCCACUAUAUUUUCCUUGAGUGACAAUGUUAACAAUGAUGAGGACGAAAAGGGGAUGGCUAGAAAAAUUAGGAACAAGGAAAGUGCUCACUUGUCAAGGCAAAUAAAGAAGCAUUAUGUUAAGGAGUUAGAGAAAAAAUUUAUAAUAUUUCAUUCAACAAUUCAACAUUUGAAUGCAAAUUUAUCCUAUGCAAUGGCGGAAAAUGUAACUCUAAAGGCACAACUUAGAGGUACUGGUGUACCUGCUCAAGUGUCGCCACCCCCCAAGAUUUAUCCGUAUCCUCCUCCAUGGAUGUCAUAUACACCAUCUUAUAUGAUGAGCCGACAAGGAUCUCAAGUGCCAUUAGUUCCCAUUCCAAAGUUGAAAUCACAGGCACUAGCACCCAUGCCAAAAAUUAGCAAGAAUGUGGAGAAAAAGAAGAGUGAGGUGAAAACAAAGAAGGUUGCUAGUGUUAGCUUCCUUGGUGUGUUGUUCUUCAUGAUGCUCUUUGGUGGGUUGGUUCCUUUAUUAAAACUGAGAUAUGGAGGUAUUACAGAACCAUAUGUGAGUGGAGAAUCUUUUCUGAGUGGAUUUUAUGUAAAACAUCAUGGAAGAGUUUUGACAAUUGAUGGUCCUGUGAAUGAGAUAGGUUAUUCCCGAAAAUACGGUGGAAAAGAUCAUAGCUCCCAUUGUGGCCGGGGAGGUCAUGGUGAAAGCAAUCAGAAAAAUACCAAUAAGGCUGCAUAUAAGUUUGUUCAUGUGGGGAAUGGUAGUGAUCCUUUGGCAGCCUCUCUAUAUGUCCCAAGGAAUGAUAAACUUGUUGAGAUUGAUGGGAACUUGAUAAUUCAAUAUAUAUCGGCAAGUGAUAAAGCCAUGGCAUUUCAUGAAAGUGCUGAUAAGAAAAAUAGAGAGGCCGGCCUCACAGUUCCUGGUGAUUUAGCCCCUGUCAUCCCAGGAAUCCAUCCUCGCCUUUAUCGAAGUCUUGCAAUGGGACAAAUCAUUCUUGGAUCUAAAGAGAAAGAGAAUGUAAAAUCAAAAAUGCAGGAGUGGUACCUUGAAGGUCUUGCCGGAUCUUUGUUGAGUUCAGGCAUGUGUACAGAAGUGUUCCAGUUUGAUGCGUCAGCUUCUGGUAGAGAUAUAUCUAUGGAAGAAAGGCAGAAUGGCACACCCCACAGAAAUAGAAGGAUCCUCAAUGGCCCUCCAGUUUCCCUUUCUAGACCCUCUCACAGCAUUUCUGAAAAACAAACUGGAACAAAUGGAAAGCAAGAGAACUUCAGCAGGAACAAGUCACUUUCUUCCAUUGAAGUAUCUGUUCUGGUUGAUGGUGAUGAUAUAGGUUUGAAGUCCCUCUCUCGGAUAUUCGUUGUUGUGCUUAUUGAUAGUGUCAAAUAUGUCACCUAUUCUUGCAUCCUUCCAUUUAAAGGAUCUGCUCCUUUAGUGAAUGCCCUUGAAGAUGGAGUGUUCAUGUAG